GGGGAAAACUUCAAGGUGUUGACUUGAAUCGUUCUAUGUGGAUACUGGCAAAUAGCCCUCAGAAAGGAGGCGGGUCGUAAAUCUGACAAUAAAAAGACAUCUGCUUCAACCUGACUGACAAUUGCGAAGUUGUAUCCAGAUACAUUUUCGUUCUGCAUUUGGGGCUCGGUGGAUUUUAAAAUGUAUUUGGUUUGGACUGAUGUUUUCUCUCACCCGUUGUGGGCAGUAUCGACGGUGAUUUUGGGACUUGUCUUGCGAUCACAGCGGAGAGGGUCGUGGGAUCCACGCGCCUGUCUGGUGCAACUGAAGGGCAAGACAGCCAUAGUUACUGGAGCUAACACAGGGAUAGGGAAGUUCAUUGCCCUUGACUUUGCCCUGCGCGGGGCUCGUGUUAUCUUGGCGUGCCGGAGCGAGGCUCGCGGUAGCGUCGCCCUGCAUGAGAUCCGUAAGCGGAGUGGGAAUGCGGAUGUGCACCUGCGUCUGGUGGACACCUCAUCCCUGGCAUCGGUGAGGGCGUUCACAGACGGCGUCCUGCGAGAGGAGAAGGAGCUCCACAUACUGGUCAACAACGCCGGGGCUUCAGGCUUGCCUAGAGAUAUCACCUCAGAUGGGCUAGAGGUGUCCUUCGCUACCAACCAUGUGGGCCCUUUCCUCCUCACCAGCUUGCUUCUGGACCUGCUGAAGCAAUCAGCACCGGCACGCAUCGUCAACGUGUCAUCCAUGAACCACUGGAAGGGUAUGGUCGACUUCUCGCACUUCAAGGGCAAGAACCUGGGCUACACUAUGGACAGUGUGUACAACCACACCAAGCUGCACAACGUCAUCUGCACUAACGAGCUGGCGCGAAGGCUAGAGGGAACAGGGGUGACAGCUAACUCCGUCCACCCCGGGUUGGUGAUGACAGAAAUGAUGAGACACUAUAACUUCAUGGUUCGGUUCCUCUUCAACAUGAUCGGAAUCUUCUUCUUCAAGUCUUCUGAGGAAGGGGCAGUGAGCACCAUCUACUGUGCGGUUGCCAUGGAGAUGGAGGGAAUAACAGGGAAGUACUUUGACAGCGACUGUUCCCUGAGUCUCCCUGCUCCCCUGGCCCGAGACCCCACCCUCGCAGUAAAGGUCUUUGAGUUCUGCGAGAGAUUGACAUCCAAGUUCUGAGAGAGUGCGAGUUUGUCUUCAAGUGUUUUAUUCAAUAGCAGACAAGUAAAAUACAGUGUAAGGUUUUAUAAUCUAUGAAGGAUACAUGUAAAGUUUUUUGUGUUUAUUUGUGCGUCUUCAGUAUUGUAGUCACCUAACAGCUCAGACACACCAAUAAGGUUUGCCGUAGGUCAUGUGAUAUUUUCAGCUGACUGUAUUUUCCUUCCCUGUGAGUAGGGACCUGCGUUUUGGUUAAUCAUCUCAUAUGACCUGGAAUUGUAACCUUUUAUUUUAAACCUUUUCCAUAAAUGAGAAGUAGACCACAAAUGAAAGCAAUUGUCAGAGGAUGGUGCUGGACCAUCUGAGAUAAAAAUAUAUAUAUAUAUAUAUAAUAAAAUAAGGGGACAGUUGUCAUGUGUUGCUGCCGUGCUAUGUUGUUUUCGUCUAAGGUCUCUAUGUAGUGUUGUCUCUCGUCGGGAUGUGUGUUUUGUCCUAUAUUAUAUAAUUUAUUUUUAAUCCUAGCCCCUGCAGGAGGCCUUUUGGUAGGCCAUCAUUGCAAAUAAGUAUUUGUUCUUAACUGACUUGUCUAGUUAAAUAAAAUAUAAAUGGUUAAAAUUCAGGUCAUGUGAUGUGAUUAACCAAAAGACAGGGCCCUAACUAUGAGGUGUGUGUGUAUGUUAAUGCGUAGCUGUGUGUGAAGUGGGAAUUUUGUCAAUAAACUUACUACCAGCAA